CCCGACAGACGCGGCGCAGAGGGCAGGUUGGGCGCCAUUUUGUGAGGCGUUCGGAGCGCGAAUGAGGCGAGCGUAGCUCUGAAAAAGAGGGAGAAGCGGUGUACGGUUGCAAAAUUAUACAUUUAAAUAAGCAAAGCGGCAGUGUGCUGGAUCUGGGGCCUCCCGUGAGAUUUUUUUGAUCUUCAGCUACAGUAAGUUAUUCCAAUUUUUUCCAUUUUUUUCCUGCCUUUCCACUGAUUUCCUUUUUAUCGUUGUUACUAGUUAACGUAUUGAUAUUAUUGCUGCAAUAAUGGUGGUGACUGUGACUAUGAUGAUGUGUUGCUGAUGGUUUUGAUUUAAAAAAAAAAUGACUGCUGAUUUUUAACCAGAUGAAAAUGGAGUUUUUCUGAAUGAUCCUAACUGACUCUGGGCUUUUAACCCCUUGGGGGGGGAAAACACACAAAACAAGGUUUUUAAAACUUUUUUUUUUUAAAAAAAGUGGAUUGAUCACAUUAACUCUUUUUUUCCCUCCCUCACUGAUCGCCUGGCUGCCAAGAACAGAACCUGAUACCUCUCCAGAAUUUACUUGAAGAACUCGGGAAGUUCCUAUGCUGUUUUUUUUUUAAUUUUUUUUUAAAAUUUUUUUAUUUUUAAUAUUUUAUUUCUAUUCGAUUUUUCAAUUGUUGCUGCACUAUGUCUGUGGUGCUGAUCACUCUCUAGCAGUGACGGCCUCUCCCUGGUCAGAUGCCCAACUUGGCCCUUCAUACCCUCUCAGUUCCCAUCCUGGUCUUUCCCUCUACACCAUCCCCCUCCCCUUACAAGCGCCGUCAUGGAUGCCCAGUCUGGAGUAACAGAGGCAGCUACCAGCGGAGCCUUGCAUGGAGCAGGGCCAUACCCAUCUUGGCUGAUGAGAGUCUACAUCAGCCACUGGACAUCUGUGAAGUAGUCACUCUCCCUAAGUCUGAUCUACUCUACAAUUUUCAGCAAAACCUGGAGAUGGAACUACCACGUAGGUCUCCUUGAAGUCCUAGAGAAAAAGGCAAGAGCAAGGUUAGCGUUUCUGCUGCGUGGGUGAGCUAUGGCCAGCAACGUCACCAACAAGACAGAUCCCCGUUCCUUAAAUUCCCGUGUCUUCAUCGGAAACCUCAAUACCCUCGUGGUCAAGAAAUCCGAUGUGGAAGCCAUCUUCUCCAAGUACGGCAAGAUUGUGGGUUGCUCCGUGCACAAGGGCUUUGCGUUUGUGCAGUAUGUGAACGAGCGCAACGCCCGCUCUGCAGUAGCGGGAGAGGAUGGCAGGAUGAUAGCCGGCCAGGUCCUUGAUAUUAAUCUGGCUGCGGAGCCGAAGUUGAACCGGGGUAAAGCUGGGGUGAAGAGAUCGGCCACGGAGAUGUACGGGUCAGUAGCCGCACCACCUUCUCCGUCCCCUCUAGUCAGGUCUUCAUUUGACCUUGAUUAUGACUUCCAGCGCGACUAUUAUGACAGGAUGUACAGCUACCAAGCACGAGUGCCCCCUCCGCCCCCCAUUGCCAGGGCGGUGGUCCCUUCCAAACGCCAGCGGGUUUCUGGCAACACCUCUCGUAGAGGAAAGAGCGGAUUCAACUCGAAGAGCGGGCAGCGGGGAUCGUCCUCCAAAUCUGGGAAAUUAAAAGGAGAUGACUUGCAAGCCAUUAAGAAGGAACUGACCCAGAUUAAGCUGAAAGUGGAUUCUCUGCUGGAAAGCCUUGAGAAGAUAGAGAAGGAUCAAAAGCUGAAGAACGACAAGUCGGAGGAAGAGCAAAGCAGCAGCUCGACUAAGAAAGAGGAGAGCAAUGUGAAGCUGGAGUCCGAGGCUGGGGCCGACGACUCUGCUGAGGAAGGGGACCUGCUGGACGACGAUGACAACGAAGACCGGGGAGACGACCAGUUGGAGUCCAUCAAGGGCGACGACAAGGAGCCGGAAGAAGGGGAAGACGACAGAGACAGUGCCAAUGGCGAAGACGACUCCUAAGAACCCGGCAUAGCUCUCCUCUCUGUGCUCCUUGGCCCCACGUGGCGUUCCUCUGAUUGAGCCUCCCCCCCCCCAUCUCCUCUCCCCCAUUUGCUGGCUGCUUCCUCACUGCCCUCCUCCCCUCUCGCAGCCCUGUGUGUUUUGCGGAUGUCGUGUCUUCUGUUGCAUCUGCCCUCCUCCUUCUUCCCACCUCCCUUCCCUUCAUCGGCUCUUCUACUUUCCGUUCCAUCCCUUGUAAUUUUUUCCUCUUUUAAUUUUGAUACCUCUUUAUUGACUUAACAAUAAAAAAAAGACGUAUUGUUUUUAGA